AUGGGUGCCGAAGCCAACGGAUCGUGCCUCUGCGGAGCCGUCAACAUCCACGUCGCUGGUGAUCCCCUUGAGGUGCGCCUCUGCUACUGCACCGACUGCCGCAAGGUCUCUGGCGGCACCAACAGCGUAAACUGGUGCGUGCAGUCGGGCCAGGUCUCGAUCCAGACGGCGGCCGGCGUGUCGCUGUCGUCCGUCGCCGUUAAGGCCGACUCGGGCGCCUGCAUGACGGGCUUCUUCUGCCCCAAGUGCGGCACCACCCUCUACCGUCAGAGCACCGCCUUCCGCGGCCUGCUCUUCGUCAAGGCCGGCGUCUUUGACGACCACGUGCUCGACGCCCGCAGGCCCCAGGUCGAGGCCUACGUCGUGCACAGGCCCGUGUGGAUGUGUGCGCUUGCUGGAGCGGACCAGAAGCAUGAGGGCUGA